CCGCUGGUAAACAACCCCGCCAUCAAGAACGCAUCUUCAUCUACAACUGCUCCCACCAACAAUGGUUCACCAAGACCCAGACUUCCACACCUUGGCCCCUCCACAAGCCCUCCACGAGAUCUUCCCCCCCGUGCAAAAGUCCCACAUACUGAACUGCGCCUUCGCCUCAUGGCACACACGUUACAAGUCGAUAACUCCGAAAGCGCGCACAAUUCCGCUAACACCGGAGUUCCUCGCCUAUUUGCGCGAAGAUGGUAUCAUCCUCCCGGACGACGAGGACGUCACCCCGCCCGCUACUACUACUGCUGGUUCGGGCGACGAGGAAAUAAAUGCGCCCAGCAACUUCCCCCCCGGUGAAGCUGAGGAUGAGGAGGACGAGGGGGAAGACAGAGCGAGAAACCCCACACAGAGAUUCCCCCAACUCCACUCACAAAUCAAGCAAACGAUAGCAGCCCUUGGCGGCGCCGUGACCCCGAAACUCAACUGGUCCUCCCCGAAGGACGCUCUCUUUAUGAGCGCAACUCGCACCCUCGAAUGCCGAACACCGGGCGAUAUCUACCUGUUGCUGAAAUCCUCCGACUUCGUAACCCACGACCUCGAGCACCCGUUUGACGACACGGACUCAUCCGACCCGACCCCCGCCUCCUCGAUCCGGUACCAUCUCGUCCUGCGAAAAUACUUCAACAUGAACCCCGCCCUCGAAUUCCGCGUCUUCGUCGCUGGCAGACGGGUCGUGGGCAUUUCGCAGCGCGACUUCAAUCACUACGCUUUCCUGGGAGAACUGAAGGGUGAGAUUCGGGGGCUGGUUGUGGGGUUUUUUGACGAGUCUUUGGCGGGCUUUCCGGAUGAGGAUUUCGUGUUUGAUUGCUAUGUGGAGCCGACCGCGCGAGAGGGCGGAGGGGGAAGGAGGAGGGUAUGGUUAGUGGAUAUUAACCCCUUUGCCCCGAGGACGGAUUCGGGGUUGUUUUCUUGGAGGGAUAUAUUACGGCUUCGCACGCAGGAGGUGGGCGAGGAGGAUGAGGAAGUGGUGGAGGUUAAGCUCGUGGAGAGCGGGGACCCAAAGGCGUGGGGGUUUGGCACUGCAACCUACUCUUCCAGCAAGUUGCCUAGGGAGGUGGUUGAGGCCGGUGUGCAGGGGGAGGAGGCCGUGUGGGAGUUUGCCAGGAGGUGGAGGGGGAUUAUGGAGGAGAUUGAGAGGGGGGAGGGGGAGGGGAGUGAAGUGUAGUCUGGGGCUUCUUUUCCUUAUGUUUAUUUGGAUAGAAUGUUGGCGGCGCUGUGGACUCUAUCUUCUAAAAGUUUGUCUUGAUAGUAUUAUCAUACGCUUUCCCCCUG